GUUUGUGUGUCAAAGUCCAGAGUGUGUGUGUGUGUGAGAGACAGGCUGAACAAUUCCUUUAGAUCAUCAUGGAGAAGAAGAAGAUCUUGUGUGUCGGUCUGGUGUGUCUCGACAUCAUCAACGUGGUUGAUAAAUACCCAGAAGAAGACACAGACACCAGGUGUUUGUCACAGCGUUGGCAGCGAGGAGGAAACGCAUCCAACUGCUGCACGGUGCUGUCGCUGCUCGGAGCCUCGAGCGCCUUCAUGGGCUCACUGGCCCCUGGACCCGUGGCUGAUUUUAUUUUGGAGGAUUUUCAGAAGUUCCAUAUCGAUGUGUCUCUGGUGUCUGAGCACGCUCAGUGUUUUCUUCCUGCUUCUGUGGUCGUCAGCAGCAUCAGCACAGGAAGCCGCACCAUCCUGCACAUGAACAGUUUCAUCAUGGCUGACUUCUCGCAGCGUGCGAUCGAUGUGGCGGGGGUGGUUUGGCAGGCCGAGGGUCAGACUCCGUCUGCGUGUUGUGUUGUUUGUCCGUCCAGCGGAUCUCGAACCGUCGUCCUCUCUGACACGAACCUUCCUGAUGUCACUGUGGAGGAUUUCUCUAGAAUCGACCUGGGUCAGUUCAGCUGGAUCCACUGGGAGGGCCGAAAUGCAGAAGAGCAGGUGAAGAUGAUCCAGCAGGUUGGGAUGUAUAACAGCAUGUUGCCACAGCAACAGAAAAUCACCGUCUCCGUGGAGAUAGAGAAGACCAGAGAGACGCUGAAUCAGCUGUUUCCUCACGGUGAUUUGGUGUUUGUCAGUAAGGACGUGGCUCGUCACCUGGGCUUCCUGUCAGCUGAAGCUGCCGUUAGAGGACUCUACAGUCGGGUCAAACCAGGGUGGAAGUUUGCAGGAGGCUCUGAGUUUUGGCUGUCAAGUCGCUGGCAGGAAGUGUGGUUUCCAUGGUUACGACUGCAUUGCUGGAAAGUUGGACAACUGACCGAAGACUUUAAAAGAAACUGACCGAAGACUUUAAAAGAGACGUAUUUGCACUGUGGUUACAGUGUGGAAAGAUUUAAUAAUAUGAAUAACAAGUGAUGAUUUAAUAUAGAAAUCCAUUUAUGAUAAAUGAUCCAACAAACACAUAAUCUCUUCCAGCUCUUGAUUGUAAAGAUUAUGAAAGAUGUAUGUUGGGAUUUGAUAAAGGACCUUUAGUUGUAGCAGAGAAGAGAUGAUAAUGAACUGUAUAAUAACCUUUAAUGUUGGAAUGUUAACCUAAGAAGAAACAAUCAGUCCUCCAGCUGUUCAUUAACAACCAUUAAAAAGAUAGACAGAGAGAUGUUCUUUUUUAAUAAUGAACUGGA